AUGCUAUUUUUUCUAUUUUUGAGCUGUUUUCAAGCUUCAGAGAUACCAAUCAACGUGUCUAUAAAUACCGAGUGGCCUUGGAAUCCUCAACAUCCUGGCGGAUUUAUCUUUUCAAUCAUCAGUUUUCCUGCUGACCCGAAAAAUGCCACUUGCGAGUUCAAAUUUCCAGAGGCAAUUUCGGUCUUUCAACCUUUCACUGGCUUCAUCCUCCCACAGUUGUCAGAGUAUUCAACGCAGCGCUAUCACGUGACCUUCCCACAAAAUUGGAAAGGAGACAACUUAGAGGGCAUUGUUUAUUUUCACCCUUCGUCAGUUGAAGGCUUCUCGAUUAAUGAUAUUUCUAUCACUUGUCGGGAGAAAAACCCAGACGGAAUUUUUAUAUUUUCAUUUCCAAAUAAUCUCUUGAAGAAAAACGUUCGAACAGCUCUCCGACCGGCCACUUCAUGGGAAAAUACGACCCACGUGGAUUUGCUUUUUCCAGAGCGAGUACAGAGCCUCAGAGUUUCCGACAGUCGGGUUUCCGUGUGGCCCCCAUCUGGCAACGGGGCCUCCUUUCGAUUGGAGAAUCUGCAAGUCGUCAACUACGAUGAACUGUGGUUUGAGUUCGAGUACGCUUCGAUGGGCUUUUUUGAUGCGACUGCUGUAUCUUUGACCGCCGAAUACACUCUUUCGUAG